AUGGAUGUGAAAGAAGAUGUUGCAGAGCAGGAUUCUUUCCAACAAAAGCAAAUGGAUCCAAAACCUAAGACGGAUAAACUCACUCUAACACCCAUGUCCAGCGGAUACCCCAAAAUCAGACCCAAAGGAAUACCAAAAACGGCAGGCUGGAUGCUGUUGACCACGAUGCAGAAAGCGAGCAAUGGCGUGAGGUCAUUUACAACGCCUUUGACUUCCAAACUGUCGGAAAACAAGGAAGGAUACUCGUCUUGGAAGAUAAGAAGCAAGAUGGAAACUAAGAGGCCGAUCAAGAAGGCUGAUAUCACCAUAACCACCACUGAGAACUUUGCCGUUCUUGGGUGA